AUGCUACCAGAUUUAUCGACGAAUAGUGCUUCAGGAAGUGAUAUGAUCAGAUCAUGGUUACCAUGGAAGGUGAAACAAUUAGGAACUUUUACCCUAUUAAAAGAAAAAUAUCCAGGUGAUGGUACGAAAGAUUCACCGUUUACCAUUAAUUGGCUUGAUAAUGAUCCAGAAAAUCCUAAGAAAUGGCCGACUCUCUACAAAUUCUUUCUCAUAUUGAUUACAUGCAACAUAGGUUUUUCUAUUGGAUUUGUCACGUCAGCUUAUAUUGGUCCAUUUAAUGAAAUUAAAAAUCAAUUUGAUACAGAUGGCGAACUCGUCAUCCUUGGUUUAUCAUUAUUUUCUUUAAGCUUUGCAAUUACGCCUCUAUUCUGGGCGCCAUUCUCCGAAAUGUUUGGCCGACGACCACUGUUCAUUCUCACAUUUGGUAUACUAACGGUAUUCAAUGCUGCUACGGCAGGUUCACAAAAUAUAUGGACAUUGAUUAUUUUAAGAGUUUUUGCUGGAGCCUUUGGUGCUUCAUCAAUGGUGAAUGCUGCAGGUGUCAUUGCUGAUCUAUUUGACGCAGCUGAACGUGGUAUACCAUUAUCUAUCUUUGUGGCAGCAACAUUCUUAGGUAUAGUAAUAGGACCUAUCGUUGGAGCGUUCAUGGGUGAAACUGUCGGUUGGCGUUGGGUUGAAGGAGUGAUGGGCAUUUUGGAUGGAAUACUAUGGAUCAUUAUGUGCUUGUUUUUACCGGAAACCUAUAAUCCACUUCUUCUACAUAAAAGAGCAGUUAAACUAUCAGACGCAAGCAAAAAGGUGUAUCGCACAAAAUUUGAAGCACAGCACUUACCGAAAUUUCGUGAAAUUCUGAAAACUUCUCUUUUCCGUCCAUGGAUUAUUCUAUUUCGUGAACCGAUUGUGCUUCUUCUUUCCAUCUAUAUGGCGAUUAUUUUUGGAAUUCUCAAUAUGUUUGUUGCUGCUUUUCCAAUUGUUUACGAAGAGAAACGUGACUGGAGUGAAGGAAUCAGUCAACUACCUUUUCUCGGUAUUCUACUUGGCGUAGUGCUUUGCACGAUCUAUUCAUUAUUGGACAAUGUUCGAUACAAUAAUAGUGCAAAGAACAGCCAUGACGGACAUGCUCCACCGGAACUUCGUCUCCCACCAGCUAUCGUUGGCUCCAUUUGUUUACCUGCUGGAUUAUUUUGGUUUGCUUGGAGUAAUUCUCCAUCUGUUCACUGGAUCGUCUCAGUUCUCGCCACGGUACCAUUUGGCUUUGGUAUCAAUGCAAUUUUUGUCGGUAUCUUCAAUUACUUAAUUGAUGCCUAUACGAUUUAUGCCGCUUCAACAUUAGGAGCCAACAUGAUUAUUCGUUAUACUUUCGGAGCAGCUUUCGUUUUAUUUACAACACAAAUGUAUGACAAAUUAGGAAUUCAUUGGGCGACAUCUAUCAUAGCUUUUUUAACAUUGAUUUGUGCACCAUUCCCUUUUCUCUUCUAUAAAUAUGGUGCACGUAUACGAAAAAGAUGUCGAUUCGCUGCUGAAGUUGAACAACUUACUCAACAGACCUUCCCUACGAAAGUCAAUGUGCAAGAAGAGAUUCUUGAAAUAUAUGUCUAA